CUCCAUGACACAUCCUACGUAGAGCCCAGAUCCCGGGACCACAGAGGUGGUGGAUUUGCAGGCAGGUUCUCUACCCAGUGGCCAUGGGCAGCAGCAGUGGGCAGCCUGGCGCUCACACCUAUAAAUCCCUGUCUGAAGAUGGUGCCUUCAGCUCCUUGGAGCCCCCCAGAAGGCCCACGGGCAGACUGGUCAUGCACAGCCUGGCUAUGUUUGGCCGGGAGUUCUGCUAUGCGGUGGAGGCGGCCUAUGUGACCCCAGUGUUGCUCAGUGUGGGCCUGCCCCGGAGUCUCUACAGCGUGGUGUGGCUUCUCAGUCCUGUCCUGGGAUUCCUGCUGCAGCCCGUGGUGGGGUCGGCCAGCGACCACUGCAGAGCCAGGUGGGGCCGGCGCAGACCCUACAUCCUCACUCUGGGGGUCCUGAUGCUCUUGGGAAUGGCUUUGUACCUCAACGGGGAUGCGGUGGUGUCAGCUUUAAUUGCUGACCCACGAAAGAAGCUGAUGGGGGCCAUAAGCAUCACCAUGGUAGGUGUGGUUCUCUUUGAUUUUGCUGCUGACUUCAUUGAUGGGCCUAUCAAAGCAUACUUGUUUGAUGUCUGCUCCCAUCAGGAUAAGGAGAGGGGCCUUCACUAUCAUGCCCUUUUCACAGGGUUUGGAGGUGCUCUGGGUUACAUUUUGGGUGCCAUUGACUGGAGUCAUCUGGAGUUGGGAAGAGUGUUGGGAACUGAGUUCCAAGUCAUGUUCUUCUUCUCUGCAUUGAUGCUCAGUCUGUGCUUACUUAUCCAUCUGUGCAGUAUCCCAGAAGCCCCACUUACAGAUGUGAUAAAGGACAUUCCCACAGAGCAAGCCCCACAGGAACCUCCAUUGUCUUCAGACAAAAUGUCUGAGUAUGGGUCAAUUGGAAAAGCUCAGAAUGGUUAUGCAAAUACAGAGCUGGUGACGCAACAGGGAAAAAAUAAUAAGUCAGCAGACCAGAAUCCAAGACCAAUGACCAUGAAGUCCCUGUUGAGGGCUCUGGUGAGCAUGCCUCCCCACUACCGCUGCCUUUGCAUUAGCCAUCUCAUUGGAUGGACUGCCUUCCUGUCCAAUAUGCUCUUCUUCACAGAUUUCAUGGGUCAGAUUGUGUACCAUGGGAACCCCUACAGAGCACACAACUCUACAGAGUUUCUCAUCUACCAAAGAGGAGUUGAAGUGGGGUGCUGGGGUCUGUGCAUCAACUCCAUGUUUUCCUCACUUUACUCAUACUUCCAGAAAGCUUUGGUCUCCUACAUCGGAUUAAAAGGUCUUUACUUCAUAGGAUAUUUACUCUUUGGCCUGGGCACAGGAUUCAUCGGGCUCUUCCCCAGUGUCUACCCUACCCUGGUUCUCUGUGCCUCUUUUGGUGUCAUGUCCAGCACCCUGUAUACCAUACCCUUUAACCUCAUUGCUGAGUAUCACCGAGAGGAGAAGGAGGAACAGAGACAUCAGGCUCAAGAAGCUGACCUGGACACUAACUGUGGCAGAGGGCAGGGUCUGGACUGUGCUGCCCUCACCUGCAUGGUGCAGCUGGCCCAGAUCCUAGUUGGAGGUGGGCUGGGCUUUUUGGUCAACCUGGCUGGGAGCGUCAGUGUCGUAGUGGUCACAGCUUCUGUGGUGGCAUUGAUUGGCUGCUGCUUUGUAGUUCUCUUUGUUAGAUAUGUAGAUUGAAUCAAUAAAAUCACUUUCUUCCUAAA